GUAGUCUCAACUGUAUUUCCCUCGGCCUCAUAACCGUCUAUGGACGAUGGACGCCACCGCACUGAAACCAAGCCUCCUAAGGAACAUCCUCCUCCUUCGCUUCCUCUCCUUCGCCGUCCUCAUCCUCGCCGUCCGAUUCACUUAUUUAGUCGCCGUCAGAGGCCGAUCUUGCGUCUCCGGUAACAAUUUCUGCUUCUCCCCCGUCCGUCGCUUCUCCCCACUGCCGCUCAAGAAAUCUCAAAGAGUCAUCGACUACUACUCCACUGUAUUCCAGGAUUUGAUCUUGGAAGGCUUUUUGUCGCCGAAUUCCAAGUCUCUCUGCAUUGGAACGCUCACCGGCGAGGAGGUUUACGCUUUGAAACGAAUCGGCGUUGCCGAUUCAAUCGGCAUUUCCGACAAUGCAUCUCCUCCGUUGAUCCUACGCGGGCGUCCGCAACACCAGCCGUUCGAUGAUAAUAUCUUCGAUUUUGAGUAUUCGAAUUCUCUGGACCAGUCAGGUGGACCAUUGGAGUUCGCAUCGGAGAUCUGCCGGACGCUGAGACCCGGUGGGUUUGUGGUGGUUCACACCGGGGCCAAAGAUGCCUACAGUUUGCAAUCCUUUCUUGAUUUGUUUGAUUGCUGCAGACUGAGCAGGUGGCGUGAAAUUGAGGGUCCUGAUCCGUCGUCAACGGGAAUCCGGGAGAUCGUAAUGAAGAAAGAGAUGGAAAAGAGGCAUCCAUACAGCGGUGGUAGAAAAUGCUAUGUUCCGGGCUUGAAAUGGGAAAUAAUCCAAAAUGCAGAGCCGCUGAUCAAGAAAGAACCUCUAAAACCGUGGAUUACAUUGAAAAGAAACAUGAAAAACACAAGGUACUUAACUUCCAUGGUGGAUAUUAGAUUCAAACAGAGGUAUGUUUACAUAGAUGUUGGGGCUAGAAAUUACGGGUCAAGUAUAGGCAGCUGGUUCAAGAAACAGUAUCCAAAACAGGGGAAGAGGUUUGAAAUAUAUGCAAUUGAAGCCGACAAGGCAUUCCGCGAAGAGUACAAGAUGAAGAAAGGUGUUAAACUGGUGCCUUAUGCAGCCUGGAUUAGGAAUGAGACAUUGUUUUUUGAGAUCACUAGAGACCCAAGAGGCAAGGAGGGCAGGGGUAGGGGUAGGGGUAGGAUUCACUCGGUGCAGACAUCAACAAGGUAUGUGGGAGAGGCAGGAAAGAUUGAGGGGUUUGACUUUGCAGAGUGGUUGAAGAUGGAGGUAUGUGACAGAGAUUUUGUGGUGAUGAAGAUGGAUGUGGAGGGAGCUGAAUUUCAUUUGAUUCCAAGGUUGAUGGAGACAGGAGCAAUUUGUAUGGUCGAUGAGGUGUUUUUGAAGUGUCAUUACAAUAGACGGCGAAGGAGCCCUAAGUAUCACAAAACAUAUGCUCAAUGCUUACAACUGUUUGCUUCUCUGAGAGAGAGUGGAGUGCUUGUGCACCAGUGGUGGUAAUCUUUCUUUCAUAUUCAUAUCACAUUUAAAUUUAGUGUUGCUUACAAUUCUUUAAUCUUUACACUUUUACAGAGAUGAGAUGAGAUGAGAUGAGAAGAGAAGAGCUCAAUUUCUUCUUUCUUUCUUUCUUUCUUUCUUUUUACUAUUAUUAUUAAUUGUACAUUGCUAAUACUAUUACAAUUUUUAUAUAUAUAUAUAUAUAAAUCAACCGUGCAAUUUGCC